CACUCCCACUCAGUAUUCAUGCGCACUCUACUCUAGAGUAGACUGACUUGACGCACUCGACACCAGCCAAGACGCUUGUGCUGCUAUCGAAGGCCAGCGUGGCCGUUGGCGAGCAGGGAGACCUGGUACCCUCGACCCUAGCGCGCCGGACCCUGUUGCCCUGAUGCUGCCUUCCCCCCUCUCGCUCGCGAUCGAUUCGACUCGACUAUCCGACGCACUCGUCUGGCGCUCCCGAAAUGACGUGAGGGGCCAAUCCCCGCGGCGCCGUUCGACUGCUCCGCCGGCAGCGCCACGGUGCUUCCUCUCCCAUGUCGCCCCUCUUCCUAUCAUUCUCACUCUCACGCUCACGCUCAACACCGCCAUGAUCGACGAUCGAGGGUCAUCGUCACUUCGAUCAAUUGUCGCAUUUCACAGCCAUGAGAAGAGCUUGGCAUCGUUCGCAGAGAUCAUCGUCAUUGUAUUUGAUCACCAUGAUUGAGCAGCUCGAGUGUCCGUGUGGGGUAAUGAUCGUCGCAAAGUGGCGCACUGAUCCAGGCAAUGGAGUGGAGUAGAUUCCGCGCGACCUACCCGGCCACGACUCCAUUGAAAGCGUUCUCCUCCAUCAGCUGGUCCUGCUCGGCAGCCAGACUCUUGAGCAUGCACAAAGCGUCUCUGGCUUCUGGAAUGCCCACUCACAUCACACCAGAGGACCAGGUCGGCGUCGAUAUUGUGCGUCUCAACUUGCUCAUGAAGAUACUUCGUCGCCAUGUGAGAGAGAGGUAAAGAAUAUGCACCACGUCAGCAAAUAGCCUUGCGCAUGAUGGCUGUGAGGAGCUCACAUCGGUCUUUGUCGAGUCCGUGUCGAAGAAUCCCUGCGCAAGAACAGUCAGAGGUCAGUUGACCUUCUCAUCUGCCUCUCCAUCUUGAG